AUGUCGAAAAAAUGUUCGCCAAGUCCAGCCCGGUACUCGUUGCCAACGACCGUUGGGUUCAAUAAUCACGAUAUUCGAAAGAACAGAAUGCCGGCCUACACAUUUGGACUGCGUUUGCAAGACAAAGAUGCAUUCACAACACCAGCGCCUAACGCCUAUAAAUUGCCUUCAAUAAUUGGUGGUCAAGACCAAACAUUCCAACGAGCUCCAGCGCAUAGCAUGCAUAAACGAUUACCGGAAAAGGAGGCUUUCCAAUCCCCCGCACCGAACGCAUAUUCUUUGCAGAAUUUCAAGCCUGGAAUACGAGCACCAGCUUAUACCAUGGGCGCUAAAUUGAAGAAUCUAUCUGAGACCACUGAAUGUUGA